GACUCGGGGACAACUUCUUUUUGGAGAUUAUCAAAACAACUCUUGAGGUACUUGCGUCGAUGUUGUUCCGACACGUUAUGUACAGCCCGGAUCUCUACAUUACUGUCGCGGUUGACAUUAACAGUGGCAACCGUCGUUGGCUGCUGCGAAGGUGGGACAGGGCGAAUAGUUGACGAAGAACUGAGCUGAUCACUUAGUUGACUGCCCACUUCCGAUUCACUGUACGAUGCUACAGAAUCAGAGUCGGUUAUGGAUGUGUUCAGUUCAGGGUUCGGACCGUUCGGAUGAAAUGAGUGGAUUGCAGUCUGUUCCACGACCUCGAGAUUUGUUGCUUGGAUAGGAAGAGAAUGAAUAAUCGAAGGGCUGCUUCUACUAUCCAUCAGCGCUCUACGAAUUAAAUCCGAAGUUGCGGGGAGGAUUUCUGGAGUCCAAAAUCUGUAUGCAUAGUAUUGGAUACUCAUGUGGGCCCGCCAUCUGUUUUUUUCUUUUGAAGAGUUUGAGCAUCUGUGAUUGAACAAUCCUAGCCAUGCAAUGGAAGUGAAAGUGUGGGUCGAAGGACUGCCCAAGACAAUCUGCGGGAUCUCCGCGGCAACUACCUGCCAAGACGUGGUUUACGCACUGGCCCAUGCCACCGGUAAACGCGGCCGGUUUGUAUUGUUUGAGCGCUGGGCUAAAUGCGAAAAGCCGCUCGCACCGUCCGACCGUCUGUGGGUUUUGCUAGAGCAGAAAGGGGAGUUCCGGCAUGAUGUGCAGUUCAUCUUGCGUAAAACGGACAAUAGUGGCAGUCAAAGUCGUGCAUCCGAUUCGUCGUCUCCUUUACCAGAUCUGUCGCCAUUCCAGCGCGGGCAGGACAGCACUUAUGCUGGGAAUCUGCGCAAAACCUUGACCACCCACGGUACGGACUGGAUACCGCCGAAAAUUGUGAAAAAUCGUUCAUCCGUGAAUGGCAAAGCCACCGUCGUUCCCUUUAUUCCCUCUCCCGUGAAAGAAAAUAAUUUUCCUGCUGAUCUCAUCGGUAUGCACUACAAGUCCAAAGAGAGUGUUAAAGAAUCUGUGCCGGGAAAUGCGGAUUUAGUGGCCAACAGCAUUCCUGUUAGAGCGCCGGUUGAUGUCCGGAAUACAGCCCCAGUGAAGAAUGCACCUGUUGCCAAACCCUUGCUUACUGCGCCCGUCCCUUCAGCCAACGGUUCACUGGAUGUCCAUAUGAGGGCAACUGUUCCAGAUAUGGGCAACACUGUUUCUCUUGUGCAUAAACAGAAUGCAGUACACGGUCUCAAAGAAUUACCGGAAAAGGAUCAACGAAGAUCCCAAUUAUUACUGGAAAUUCGUCAACAGGAAGAUUUAUUAUCCAGUGCCAAAGCAGAGUGUGCUUAUUAUGAUCGAGAAUGCGCACUGUGGGAACAGCGCACAAUAAAAUUGGCUCUGGAAGCUAAUGAUAUGGAGAAUCAAAUUAAGCUUAUGCAAGACUCAGAGAAGAGUGUCCUCAGCCAGCUGGAGGAAUUAUCUAGUCUACCAUUCGAGCCAAUGUUAAAGGCUGCCGAAGAAGUUCAGCUUAAACUGAAAAACGAUCUCACGGAUUAUAAAGCCAAACUGAACAUAUCUGAUUCCGCCAUUGUUGUAGCCAGAGAUGAUAUGAAAAUGCUGCACGAACAGUUGCAAACGGAGCGCAAUGAGCAGGAAAAACAACGCGAGAACGCGGAGGCGGAGAUAAAGGACGAAAAGGAGCGAUUAGUGCGCGAAAUCCAGGAAUUGGCGGCGUUACAGGAAGCUCACAGUAAAACGCUCGAAGAUCUGCAAUUAAAUGACCAACGCAUGGAAUCCACACUGCUGGCCAAACAACUGGAACUAGACAGCUUACAAAAUGCAUUGAAGCAAACAGAUAUGGAUAGCUUCCUGGAAUGUUUUGCAGUGCAGACACCUCUUGAAACAAAUGGUGUUUCCGGUGGGAAAAUAAUGGUUUCAAGUACAGCAACGGUUACGGAUCAGCAGCGGUCCUCUCCUGCGCCCCCGGUUCGUAAAUCAUCCUCCUCAUCCCAGCGAAUCCUUGUACUGAAGCGGAAUAUUGCUCGGGAUCCGCAAGGCAUGUGGGUAUGAUUGUAAAUCUACAUGUCUUUGAUGGACACGUCGAUGCCGGUUACGGGAUGCCAUUGUUGCAGUUAGCCAGGUUAUUUUGGUUUGACUUGUUGCUACACUUUGUUUCGGGUUGCUCAAAACCAUUUUCAGCCUUUUAAUUGCCUAAAAUGUCGUUUUGCGAUACGUGGCCCUUGGCCAAGUUUAUUUGACAAUAAUGGAGAUGUACAAAAAUGAUUUUGCCAUGAUGCGCCAGUGCCCACUGCCCAGACUGGCCCCAGAGGACUAUACUUUCUCUAUAUGUAAUUAUAACGUAAUCAAUGAUUAGUUUGUAAAUUAUUUCUGUUUUGCCAAAUGUUGGUACUCAGAAUGUACAUCAAACCAGAAUUCCCAAACGGCCUUUGGCAACUAUAAACUUCGGUGGUCGAAACUUCUCGACCAAUGUUCCUUUAAAAACCCACGUUGCACAUGUCCGUCAAGGUGGAGUUUUGAUUUUCUUUAUUCUGGAAGGUAAUCUUGCGGCUGAUUCUUAUCAUUACCAGCCCUAAUAUAACGCCGCUGCUGACGGUCUAAUGUGACAUUUGCAGAGCUAACGUGCAUAUCGUGACAUUCAUAUUAAUUUGUAAUUA